AUGGAAGUGGACGCGCCUUCCACUUCAUCGUCUGCACUGGCACCGGUAACGUCAUCGUACAACGCGUACGUCAUCUGCGCCAGCACGGGCAAGGCCGCCGUUGCAGUUUGUGGCACCACCAUUCACACCGCCUUCAAGCUCGUGCGCAGUGCCAGUACCGCUGGCAAGCAGGCGGCUCUCAUCGGCAUCAUGGGAGACGGUGGUCUGAGUCCCAGUGAUCUCAACACGUUUCGAGUCCCGUUCCGCCGAGUCAAGUGCGUCAUCAUCGACGAGGUCAGCAUGAUGUCUGCCGAUCAACUCAGAGCCGUUGACUGCCGUCUGCGCCAGAUCACGCAGUGUGUGAACGAGCUCUUCGGAGGUUUGGACGUCAUCCUCAGCGGCGACUUGUGUCAGCUACCGCCCGUGCUCGCGACCGAAAUCUACAAGCGGUGCCGCAGUGCGGACGGACUCACCGGACUCACCGUGGUGACGUGUCAUCAUCUAGAGUACUUUCCCCUCGUGCGAGUCGUUCGCCAGUCUAACAUCGGCUUCUCCAACGUCCUCACAAAGAUUGGAGACGGCCGCGCGCUGGAACCGGACGAGGUGCGGCUGCUGGAAUCGCGCUUCGUCACCGCCGCCGAAGCCUUUACCGAAGCCAGGGAACACGCGCCCUCUGCCGUGCGCAUCUUCUACUCGAACAACGAGGUGACUCGCUUCAACGAGGCCGUUGAGCAGGCGCAGGGAGACGGUGGGUACCGAACGCUGCGAGCUCCGGACGAGUUUCUCGGGUGCAAGACGCCGCACCUGCUGGAGAACGCCAAGCGCAGGGUGGAGCGGAUGGUCAGCCGCGAGUUUGCAAACCUCCCGCGAGAAGUGUUGGUCGUGAUCGGCAAGCCCUACAUGAUCACCUCCAAUAUUUACGUUGUGGACGGUUUGGUCAACGGUGCCGUUGGAGUCUUGCGCAUGUGCGAGUUUGAACAAGGAGGGGAAGAAGAAGAACAAGGAAGAGGAGGAGAAAGACGCAAGGGCGUCUCUGGCUAG